UCAAGAAAAAACAAAAUUUUAUGUAAUAAAAAAAAAAUUCUCAGUCAAAAAUCACUUUACACCAAUAAAACUAUUGGACUCAACCAAUUAAAGUUUCCAAUUGACGCAUAAGACACACAUUUUCUCUAAAAAUGAGAAAAGCUCUUCUUCAGACAUACGCAAAAAACACAACAGAAGAUGAAGCUGGAAAUAGUAAGCAAGAUAAUAGAAAUCCUAAUGAAUCAAAACCACUCAAAUUUAGUAAUACACUUAUAUUUUACGUGAAUGGAGUAGAAGUAAAAGUCAGUGAAGUGGAACCAGAUUGGACCCUACUUUAUUAUCUUCGCAAUAAAUUAGGAUUAACUGGUACAAAAUUAGGAUGUGCAGAAGGAGGAUGUGGUGCAUGUACUGUUAUGGUUUCCAGGUAUGAUCGUACGCAAAACAAGCUCAUUCAUUUUUCAGCAAAUGCAUGUUUAAUGCCAGUAUGUGCUGUUCAUGGAUUAGCAAUCACUACAGUCGAAGGUAUUGGCAGCACAAGAACAAAACUUCAUCCAAUUCAAGAACGGAUUGCAAAAUCCCAUGGAUCGCAAUGUGGCUUUUGCACACCUGGAAUGGUGAUGUCAAUGUACGCCUUAUUAAGAUCCAUGCCGGAACCGAGAAUGGAAGAUUUGAAAGUAGCAUUUGAUGGGAAUUUGUGCAGAUGUACAGGAUACAGGCCAAUAAUAGAAGGAUUCAAAACAUUUACAGAGGAAUGGGAACAGAAACAUCAUUUUGGGAAUGAUGAUAAUACUUAUGCUGGAGAAGCAGUGUGUCCAAUGGGUCGAAAUUGUUGCAAAAGAGCAUUUACGUCUAAGCCAAGUAAUUUAGUUGACACAGAUAGUUUUCUACCCUAUGAUCCAUCUCAGGAACCAAUAUUUCCACCAAAAUUGAUGAUCUGUUCAACAUUGGAUGAAGAAUAUUUGAUUUUUAAGGGAAAGAAUGUCACUUGGUAUAGACCAAAUACUCUGAAAGAAUUAAUGAGCCUAAAGAAAUGCUAUCCAGAUGCAAAAAUAGUCGUAGGAAAUACUGAAGUAGGUGUAGAAAUGAAAUAUAAAAAUUGUCGUUACUCGAGAUUGAUUCAACCAACAAAUGUUAAAGAAAUGUGGCAGAUUGUUGAAAAUGAGGGAUUAGAGAUUGGGGCAAAUAUAAGCUUAUCGGAUAUGGAAGAUCUGUUAAGACAGCAAAUAAAGACUAAACACGAAUCUAAAACCAGAAUCUUCUCUGCAAUUGUUAAGAUGCUACAUCGAUUUGCUGGAUUGCAAAUAAGAAACGUUGCCUCUGUAGGUGGAAAUAUAGUUACAUCGAGUCCUAUAUCUGAUUUGAAUCCCAUUUUUAUGGCUGCUGGUGUAAAAUUGAAUAUGGGAAGCCUAAAGUCUGGAUUCAGAAUUGUCGCAAUGGACCAGAAUUUUAUGGUUGGUUAUAGAAAAAAUUUAUUAUCCCCUGAUGAGAUUCUCAUAUCUAUUAUAAUACCAUUUUCUUGUUCGAAUCAGUAUUUCGUGGCUUAUAAGCAAUCAAAAAGACGUGUUGAUGACAUUACCAUAGUCAAUAUGGCACUGAAUGUAAAAUUUCAACCAGAAUCUAAUAUUGUAGAAGCAGUACAAUUAGCAUUUGGUGGCAUGGGACCAACUAUUAUUCUAGCUCGAAAAACAUCCCAAGCGAUGGUUGGAGAAAAGUGGAACAGCGAAUUUUUGGAUAAAGUUAUUGACAAUCUUAUAGAAGAAUUUCCAUUAGCAGGUGAUGCUCCAGGUGGAAUGAUUCUUUAUCGAAGAACAAUGACCCUUAGUUUAUUUUUUAAAGCUUUCGUAUUCGUAGCAAAACAGAAAACUUCAAUGUUGGAAAAAAUAUUUCCAGAAGCGUGGAAAUCCAUUUCUGACGAGUUUCAAUUUCAAGAACUGAAAAGCUCCAAGUAUUUCCAAGUGGUACCAGAAAAUCAGUCUUCCUGGGAUUUAAUUGGAAAACCUAUUGUACAUGCUAGUGCUUUCAAACAAGCCACUGGGGAAGCUUUAUAUUGUGAUGAUGUUCCACGAUUUAAGGAUGAAUUGUACUUGGCUCUUGUACUUUCUACUAAAGCACAUGCUAAUAUAUUAAAAAUAGAUGCUUCUGAAGCGUUAUCACUUGAAGGAGUGAUUAUAUUCCUAGAUUCUAACGACAUUCAAGAAGAUAAGAAUUUAUAUAAGCUCAUCUCACGUGAUGAACCAAUUUUUGCUUCAAAAACUGUAACGUGUCAAGGUCGACCAAUUGGUGCCAUCGUAGCAGUGGAUCAGAUUACAGCUCAGAAAGCUUCGACAAUGGUUGUAGUUGAAUAUGAAUCUCUUCAACCGAUAAUCACUAUUGAGGAUGCAAUCGCUUGCGAAUCAUUCUUUCCAGAUUACCCUAUUCAUAUUGUUUCUGGAAAUACUAAUGAAGAAUUUAGAAAAGUUGACCACAUCAUCACUGGGGAAAUACGAACAGGAGGACAGGAACACUUUUAUUUGGAAACACAUGCGACUCUUGCCAUUCCACGAGACGGAGAUGAAAUGGAAAUAUUUUGUUCAACACAGAAUCCUGCAGAUGUGCAGCAGUUGGUUGCACAACUUCUUGAUGUAACAUCAAAUAAAAUCACUGUUAGAGCUCCUAGAUUAGGAGGUGGAUUUGGUGGAAAGGACACAAGACCAGCAAUGCUUGCUUUACCAGUGGCUCUAGCUGCUUAUAAACUUCAAAAACCUGUAAGAUGUAUGUUAGAUAGACCAGAAGACAUGAUUAUGACAGGUACUCGGCACCCAUUUCUUCAAAAAUACAAAAUUGGCUUUGAUAAAAGCGGAUUGAUUAAAGUGGCCCAAGUGGAAAUGUUCCUGAACGCAGGAUGCACCCUAGACAUGUCCGGUCCAGUUUUACACCGAGGUAUGUUUCACUUUGAGAAUUCUUAUAAAAUUCCAGUCUCUAGCGUAACUGGAUACUUGUGCAAAACAAACCUCCCAUCAAAUGUUGCUUUUCGAGGAUUCGGAGGACCUCAGGGGAUGUUCCUUGCAGAAAACAUGAUUCGAGAUGUUGCAGAAUUUCUGAAUCGAGACGUGAUGGACCUGAUGGAAUUGAAUUUUUAUAAAGAAGGGGAUUUGACACAUUACAAUCAAUGUCUCAAUUAUUGCACCUUGAGUCGUUGCUGGGAAGAAUGUCUUCGCUCUUCCGAUUAUCAGAAAAGAAAUACUGAAAUUCGUCAAUUUAAUAAAACGAACAGAUAUAAGAAAAGAGGCUUAGCUCUAGUCUCUUCAAAACAUGGAAUUUCUUUCACAGAGCAGUUUCUUAAUCACGGUGGAGCACUUGUUAAUGUUUAUCUCGAUGGCUCUGUUUUGAUUACUCAUGGAGGGGUAGAAAUGGGCCAAGGAUUGCACACCAAAAUGAUUCAAGUCGCAAGUCGAAUCCUUAAACUCAACCCAAAGAAAAUUUCAGUAAGUGAAACUUCUACAGAUAAAAUUCCAAAUGCAACUACAACUGGAUCAAGUGUUAGUUCUGACAUUUACGGAAUGGCUGUUCUAAGUGCUUGUGAUAAAAUUAUAAAACGUCUUCAGCCUCUAAUAAAUGAAAACCCUGAAGGAAAUUGGGAAGAUUGUAUCCACAGAGCAUAUAUGAAAAGAAUCCCACUUUCAGCUACUGGAUUUUAUCGGACACCAGAUAUUGGAUAUUCUUUGGAAACAAAUUCUGGCACUCUAUUCAAUUAUUUUACAUAUGGAGUGGCUUGUACAGAAGUCGAAAUUGAUUGUCUAACUGGUGAUCAUCAGAUAUUAAGAACUGACAUUGUCAUGGAUUUGGGUGAAAGUUUGAAUCCAGCGAUUGACAUAGGGCAAAUUGAAGGAGCCUUCAUGCAAGGAUAUGGUUUAUUUACUUUGGAAGAACUUGUUUAUUCUCCAACUGGGACUCUCUUAAGUCGUGGACCGGGUGCUUAUAAAAUACCUGGAUUCUCAGACAUACCUCAAGAAUUCAAUGUUUCUCUUUUGAAGGGAGCACCAAAUCCCAGAGCGAUUUAUUCAUCAAAAGCUGUUGGCGAGCCUCCCCUUUUUUUGGCAUCUUCUGCAUUUUUUGCAAUUAAAGAAGCCAUUAAGGCUGGACGUGAAGAUAUGAACGUCUUUGCUAAAUUCAAAUUUGAUGCGCCUGCAACAGCUGCUAGAAUUCGUAUGGCUUGCGUGGAUGAACUGACUUCUAAAAUUGGGAAUGGUGAUGGGAAAAAAGCAUGGAAUAUUGUUCCUUAAAAAUGUUGUGGGAAUGUGAUUUUUUUAAUUUUGUAAACAUUUUUCUGAGUUUGUCUGAUAUUAAUUUUCCUGUACAGAAAGAAAAAAAUACUUUUGAAUUAAUGAAAUAUGGGCUUUAAAGCAUCAAACAGUGCUUUCACGCUCGAUCAAUUAAGAAAAAUAUAAUAAUAAUUAUCCUCAACUAAAGAUAUCAUAGACGCUGAGUCCGAUAUGAUAGAUACUGAUGGCAUUCAUCCGACAUUUUCGAACUUAUAA